AUGAAGCACUGUGCAAGUGUUCCUGACUUCGUUUUGGGCAUUAUUAUACCUUGUACACCUUUGUUUCUACACAUUUGUGAUGCAUUUUACAAUCACAUCGUUUACGAAUAUAGCUCGAAUCCAUGUCACCGCGUUUCGAUUAUUUCGUCUAAUUGCACGCGUACGUACGCCCUACAGACGACAACAAAUGGACAGGAGCAAAUGCUACAAAGCAACUCCACAAAUUCCAUAACAGAUCUCACUCUUCAAGAGACGCGAGGCGGAUCUGCGAGAAGACGCUACUCGUAUGCCUCAUCAGUAGUAUCCACCGUUACACUGGUAGUGCUGUACUGCGCUGUCCGACAACGACUUAUUGAAUACACCCGCAAAUUACAUGUGGCAUUACUCAUCCUGAGCGUUGAUUCUCCGACGUUGUUCGAUGAUUGGAGACAAAUACCAACCUGCACUCUGUGCGCUUUUCGCCAGACAUUUCUUGGACAAAACGAACGAAAUAUUUGGAUUGUGCAAUUGCAUGGGUUAACUGCCCAUUAUUGUACUAUCACCGGUUUUCAAGAGAAAUUGCUAAAUAACCAACGGCAUGAA